CGGUUUUGCCCGCACAACAGCGCCACUUUUGAGUGUUUGUUAAACAAUGGUGAACAAGCCACGGGAGUUGUGAACAGCAGUUCGACAAGAAUUCCACGCCAAUGCCUUGACGACAGAGCUUUCCAUUUUAAACGUGAAAGAUGGCAGGAUUCAGUCCCUCUACCUGCAGUUAAGGUUAACCUGGACAAAGGAAUGCUGGACUUUAAUGGAGACAGGCUUAAGUUGAUUGACUGGCCACCCAUUCUCCUCUGCAUAUCCAUCAACAAGAACCUGCGCCACAUUGCAAUAAGCAGCACAUACCAAGCUACUGCGGCUUCUGGAGAUACAGAUCGAAGGUACUAUAGAUCGAACCUUAGAAGGAAGAUCCCCACCAUUCGCUCCAAGGAGAUGACAUUAAAGCUGUGCAAGGCCCUGAGAGAGUGCCUUACUGGGUCUCCCAGUCUCAAAAGUCUUCAUCUUAAUGGACUUCCUCUGAGGGAGAGGGACCUCAUCACCCUGACAAAAGGACUGGUAAAGAGCACUUCCUUGGAAAGUCUAUCUCUGGCUAACUGUCCAAUAUCAGAUGAGGGCCUAGAGGUCAUUUGCCAAAGUAUUAAAUAUUCUACAACCAUCAAGGCGGUAGACUUCACAGGAUGCAGUAUUACAUGGAGAGGAGCCGAGCAUAUAGCCAGAAUCAUCAAGUAUCAGGGAAUGCAGAGGCAUGGUACCGCAUGGGCGGAGUCUCUCAGGUACCGACAUCCACAGUUCGAGGGGAUGUCGGGUCUCCGUCGUGUCACUCUCAACUGCAACACUUUGAUUGGGGACCGUGGCGCAGCUGCUCUUGCGCAUGAGCUGGCCGACGACCUCUGGGUUAAAGCUGUGGAUCUACAGCGGUGUGGUCUGUCCAGUGAUGGAGCUCGCCGUUUGCUUGAAUCCCUGAAAACGAAUUCCUCGCUCUGUGUGUUGGAUAUUCGUAGUAACCCUUUAGUUGAUAACAUCCUAAUUAAAACAGUCAUAGAGAAAGUUCUCAUGAAUGCUCGGGGACAGUCACCAGAGUACUGCUGGAUCAAGCCUGCAACCACAGAGUCUCCAAGAGCUUCACUACCGAAAAGGCAACUACCCAGUGCACUAAGAGGAAAACCUGCUUUUAAGAUAGCCACUCAUAAAGCAACAUGUGGAGGACGCGGUUCAGGUGUUGCUCAGACAAAGAAAUCCAGUUCCCGCUAUGUGCCAUGGCGUGCUGCAGCGCGGGCCGGACGCCAGAGAGGUCUGCCUCCUGGUGUUACUGUGACAAACCAAAGAUUUCAGGGUGCAGCUACUGUAAAAGUCAUCAUGGAGUCAGAAUCAGACAAUGACGAUGCUGAUGACGACGAUGAUGAUAAUGAGGAAGAAGAAAAAGAAGGAAAAGUGCUGCUAGAGAUGGGGCAGAGACCAUCCUCUCUUCAUUUGCAAGACACGAUCACUUCACAGCAGCUGCAUCGUGUCCAGAUGGAGCUGAAAGAGUGUCGUCUAAGUUUGGCAGUGGAGCACAGAGCCAGGCUGAAGGCAGAAUCAAGACUCAUGGAGUACGAGCUGGAGAACGCCCGACUUCGGGACGCUAACCACUCCCUGACAGAAACGCUUGCAGCCACUGGCCCUGCAUCAGCUCCUCUUGGUGUCAGUGCUCUCGAAGAUGAGGAAGUUCUUGAGAGCAUUGAGAAGUCAUUUAAUAAGUUCCAUUCCUUUCUGGAUCUCCUUAAAGAUGCUGGCCUAGGUCAGCUAGCUUCAGUUGCUGGGAUUGACCAAUCAGAUUUCCAGCCUUUGGGAAGGCCCCAGCUCUCCUCUACCAUAGGACCUCAUUUAGACGCCGCAGCAUCACGGACCACUGAAGAAUUCAGGGAUAUGCUUGCCAAGACAGAUGCUUUAUCUGUGGCAGGAGACCUCAGGCCCGAUAUGUGCAAAGGAGACACCAAUAUUAUCACACACAGACCUCCAACACCUGCCAGUGCCCCCUUGAGUAAAGAAACAUUUCUAAAUGAAACCAUUGGUCAGACUGUGGGGCAUGGAGAAAACCCUGCUGAGGCGGCAGAAGAGGAACAGCAUCUGUAUUUCCGGCCUGACGUCCAGCCUGAUACGGGGUCAGAGCGCAGUUUCCAAAGCCAAAAAUCAUUUGAUCAUUUGUCCUUUGGAAAACCCUUCCAGAAACAAUCGCAACGCCACAGAAGUGAAGCCAGCUCUCACAGAAGCAACAUUUCACGUGGCUACAGCUUCAACAACAGCCGGGCCUACAGUCAGGCCUCGCAGAGCAACGGGUGUCAUAAAGGGUCGUCCGAGAGUGUCAGUGAGAUUAUAAGUGACAGGGCAGAGUCAGUGGGAUCUGUGGGAUCCAGGAACAGUAGAAAGGAAAGGUUAGUGACAGUCGGUCAGUCAGGGUCGGAAGGGUCAGAGAGAGCAGCCUAUCCUGGAAGAGGCGCCUUUGAACAUAUCCGAACUCUGGGAGGUCAGUCAGAUGACUCCUUCUGAUUUCAUGACCACGCAAAUGUAGAAACCUCCGUUACUUCAUGUUGAAUUUGUGUGCUAAUGCCUUAAAGCACAUUAUUUUAGGCUUUUUUUCAUUGCCAAAUGUGUGUAAAUGUAGAUUUUUUUAUCUUUAUGAAAGAAUAGAUUAAUAGAUUUAUAUUUUAAUGCAUUUUUUAGUUAGCCAUUUAGUUUUGUAGUUCAUCACUUAGUUGUCCCCCCCCCUCCCAACUUUUUUGUCUGCGCUCACAGACAAAAAAAGUCAAAAAGUGCUUUUUGGGUCUGAAUUGAUCCUACAUAUAGAUCCUUUUAUGUGGAUCCUUCAAACUCUCGGAAAGAUUUAUACAAGGUGUGUUUGCUACGCUUUCAUGUUUAUGAUCUGCUGGUGGAAAGUGGUUUCAAAACCAGAUUUUUGUGGGAGGGAGAAGAACACAGUGUUCUUUUGGAUUAUGCAUGUUCCCUGACUGUAGCCGCAGAACACAGAGGCCAAAAAAACACAUCUCAGCAGAGGUGACAAGAAUUCUCCAAAACGUUCCAUUUUAGCUAUUACUUAAGUUGUUAUUGUAAAAUCUGUGUUCUGGGAUGCAUUUUCUCCUGACUUCAGUCCUGCAGAUUUAUUUAGUGAUGUUUUAGAGACUGGUAUGAAAAAUGUAGUCUUUACUCAGUCGCAUGUAAAGUUCACUUUGUUUCUGUACUGUUUGUAUUAAAUAUGUACACAGUAGUAUGUGGAAGUCAUAUUGUACUUUUCUAAUGAUUUCAUACCAAACCCCGCCAUGAAUGAAGGACCAUGUAUUAAAUUUCAGAUAAAACAGAAUUUUCAGCACACUUUAUCAAGACUGUUUUUUAUGAAUCUAAUUUAAAGCAAGACUUUUAUUUGCUAAGA